AUGGCUCAGCGGGCCCUCCUUUUUUCUGCCUUGAUGGCAGCUGCUCGUGCCCAGCAGGCUGGCACCUAUACUGCCGAGACCCAUCCCUCUCUUACCUGGGAGAAGUGCACCUCCAGCAGCUGCACUGAGCAGUCUGGAUCGGUCGUUAUUGAUUCCAAUUGGCGUUGGAUUCAUGGAAUCGAUGACUACACGAACUGCUACACUGGAAACACGUGGGAUGCAACUCUCUGUCCCGAUGACACUACCUGUGCCACGAACUGUGCCCUGGAAGGCGCAGAGUAUGAGACCACCUAUGGCGUGACAACCGAUGCCGAUGCGCUGACUCUGGGAUUUGUCACUGGUUCCAACGUCGGCUCGCGUCUGUACUUGAUGGAGGAUGACAGCACCUACCAGAUCUUCAAGCUUCUGAACAAUGAGUUCACCUUUGAUGUCGAUGUUUCCAACCUCCCUUGCGGAUUGAACGGAGCUUUGUACUUUGUCUCCAUGGACUCGGACGGAGGGUUGUCUGAGUACACGAACAACACGGCCGGUGCCAAAUACGGUACCGGAUACUGCGAUUCUCAGUGCCCUCGGGAUCUGAAGUUCAUCAAUGGCCAGGGUAACGUCGAUGGCUGGGAACCCUCGACUAGUGACGCCAACUCCGGAAUCGGUAAUCACGGCUCCUGCUGCCCGGAGAUGGAUAUUUGGGAAGCAAACAGUAUUUCCACUGCUCUGACUCCUCAUCCUUGCGACUCAGCCACGCAGGUUAUGUGUGAAGGGAACGACUGUGGUGGCACAUACUCAACUAGCCGCUAUGGUGGAACCUGUGAUCCGGACGGAUGUGACUUCAACCCCUACCGCAUGGGCAACACCAGUUUCUUUGGACCCGACAAGAUCGUUGAUACCAGCUCAAAGAUGACCGUCGUCACGCAAUUCAUCACAGACGACGGCACUGAUACAGGUACUCUAAGCGAGAUCAAGCGUAUCUACGUACAGAACGGCGUCGUGAUUGCCAACUCAGCAUCCGAUGUUAGCGGCGUCUCUGGAAACUCGAUCACGUCAGACUUCUGCACAGCACAGAAGACCGCGUUCGGUGACGAAGAUGUCUUUUCCCAGCAUGGUGGCAUGUCCGGCAUGGGCGAGGGGCUGGCGCAGGGUAUGGUGCUCGUUCUCAGUUUGUGGGAUGACCACUAUUCCGAUAUGCUCUGGUUGGAUAGCGAUUACCCGACCAAUGAUACCGCCUCGGACCCUGGUGUUGCUCGCGGUAGUUGUUCUACAUCGUCUGGCGCGCCGAGCACUAUUGAAUCUGCAUCUGCUUCCGCCAAUGUGGUAUUCUCGGCCAUCAAAUUUGGUCCCAUUGGAUCGACCUAUUCUUCUUAA